UGAAAGUGUAAUGUCUUGUUGCUAUGCCCAUGGCUUGUAGAAUGUGGGCUGUGAGUUUCACUUAAAUUUGUCAGUUUGCCUGAAACUCUGCUGAUUUUGUAUUGUUGACACUAGAUGAAUAAAGUCUGUCUUAACAGGAUUUUAUACAGUGUAACAAAACUUUCUUGUUCUAAGUACAGUCAGGAACUUCCCUCUGAAAAAGUCUAUAGUGAACUGAAAGUGGGUCAGUAUGGUUCAAAGAUCCUAGGAACUGAAGCUGAGGUAUUCAAUGCAGGAAACAGUCUGCAAAAAUAAAGAAGAGAUGCAGAAUAUGUGUGCUACAAAUGGGAGUACAGAGCAGUGCUGUGGGGAGCACAGACAGAGACUGGAGUUGUUCUGCCAGGAGGAUGAGGCCUUUGUCUGUGUCCUGUGUGUUCCCAGACAUUCAUGUCACAGUUUUGUGUUCCUGCAUGACGCAGUCAGUGUGUAUAAGGACAAACUGAAAACAUCACUGUCAUCCCUGGAACUAAAAGUCAGAGAUCUUAAAGAUUUACAAACCAAGACUGAGACAGAAUUCCUGUUGACAGAAGAACAUGCUGUUAAUUUAGAAAAAUACAUUGCAGAAGAGUUUGCAAAACUGCACCAGUUUCUCCAUGACAAGGAACAAAAACUUAUUCAACAACUUAACAGCAAAGCGUCAGAAAUUCUGAAAGAGCUAGAAGAAAAUCUUGAAUGCAUUAAAACUGGUGUUACAGAAAUCCACUCAGCAGUACCUGAUACUAACUUGGAAAUCAAAACAGAAGUAGACAUUCUGGAGGAGAGAAGUGACGCAGACACUCUGACAACCACUGAGGAAUCAGGGUUAGGUGACACCUCAGAACAUGGAAAACACAAAACGAAUGGAGUUCUAUCAGCUCCAGAAUCCUUUGAGGAUGUUGCUGUUACUUUCUCAGCAGAGGAGAUGAAGAUGUUAACAAAACAAGACAAGGAGCUUCAUAAGGAAGUGAUGUUAGAGAACUAUGAAACCUUAGUUUCAGCAGGUUACAAGAUCCCCCCAGAGGCAUUGUUAGUGCUACUUAAAGAAGAUAACGCUGAACUGCAAGUGAAUGACAAGGAGGGGGUAAACAGAACAGAACAAAAUAAUAAGAAUAAUUUUAAAGAAAAGCCUGACAGCAAUGGGAGCAGAGAAUGGAGCAUUUCCUGGAUUCCACAGCCAUCACUUAGGGUUUGUCUAUUACGUUAUCCUACAGAGAACCUGCAGCACUCUGUUCAAACUCUGAAGGGGUCGGACAAGCAUCCUGUUAUACCUGUAGCACAGCCUCAUCCAGUAUACACCUGCAACAUGAACUCUGAAUGUGACCCAAGUUCUAUAGUACAGCAAAGUCCAUUAGUACGUCCGAGAGCUCACAAAGAAACAAAACCAUAUAAAUGUCGUGAAUGUAAUAAGUGUUUCAAACAGAGGAGCCAUCUAGUAAUACAUGAAAGGAUUCACACCGGGGCGAGACCAUAUAAGUGUCUUGAAUGCAAUAAGUGUUUUGGACAAAGGACCCAUCUAGUAAUACAUGAAAGGAUUCAUACCGGGGCGAGACCUUAUAAAUGUUCUGAAUGCCAUAAGUGUUUCGGACAAAGGAGUGCUCUAGUGCAACACAAAAAGACUCACAUGGGAGAGAGAGAGAGACCAUAUAGAUGUCCUGAAUGCGAUAAGGGUUUUAUAACAACUAGAAACCUUAGAAGUCAUCUGUUAGUUCACAGUGGGGAGAAACCAUAUAAAUGUCCUGAAUGCAAUAAGUGUUUCAGACAAAGGGGGGGUCUAGUAAUGCAUGAAAGGACUCACAUGAAGGAGAGACCAUAUGUAUGUCCUGAAUGCAGUAAGGGUUUCACAACACCUGGUGGCCUUCGAUAUCAUCUGUUAGUUCACAGUGGGAAGAAACCAUAUAAAUGUCCUGAAUGCAAUAAGUGUUUCGGACAAAGGAGUGUUCUAGUAAAACAUGAAAUGACUCACACGGGGGCAAGACCAUAUAAAUGUCCUGAAUGCAGUAAGUGUUUCAGACAAAGUAGUACUCUAGUAAAACAUGAAAGGACACACACGGGGGUGAAACCAUAUAAAUGUUCAGAAUGCAAUAAGUGUUUUGGACAAAGGACUGUUUUAGUGGAACAUGAAAGGACUCACACUGGUGCAAAACCAUAUAAAUGUCCUGAAUGCAAUAAGUGUUUCAGACAAAGGACUACUCUAGUGCAACACGAAAGGACUCACACAGGGGCGAAACCAUAUAAAUGUUCUGAAUGCAAUACAUGUUUUGGACAAAAGACUGCUCUAGUGCGACACAAAAGGACUCACAUGGGGAGAUGAAAAGUCAGCAAGCAAAGGAGAGUAGUAGUGCUGAAAUUGAAUUCAUCCUCAAGUCUUGGUGAGUACCU